AUGUUAGUUUUAAAAACCAGAUAACGUUGCAACCAAUAUCGUCUCACAUUCCCACCCACCCACUCCUUUUAUAGUUGUCUACCCACCAAUACUUUCUAUUACAAAAUAUAAUUCUUAUUCAUACUAAUCCAAAACACCUCAUCUUUCUUCAUAUUUAUACUCUCAGUCUUUUUUUUUCAGUAGUAGUAUUAGUGCACGCAACACAUAAUAGAUUAAGCUAAGAAUCUACUUUUAGUAUGGGCCAGAAUUUGUUGCAAGCACUAAAUGUGCGUGUAGAAGGGACGGGUGAGAAUUACUUGGUGUUAGCUCAUGGCUUUGGUACUGACCAAUCGGCGUGGCAAAGAAUACUUCCCUACUUUACUCCUUACUACCGCGUGAUCCUCUAUGACUUGGCUUGUGCGGGUAGUGUCAACCCCGACUUCUUCGACUUCCGGCGAUACACGACACUCGAUGCGUACGUCGAUGAUCUCCUCGACAUCCUCGAUGCGUUGGGUGUCACGCGCUGUGCCUAUGUUGGUCAUUCUGUUUCUGCUAUGAUUGGACUUCUUGCUUCUAUUCGUCGCCGUGAACUCUUUUCUAAGCUCAUACUUAUUGGUGCUUCUCCUAGGUUCUUGAACGACCAUGAUUAUCAUGGAGGAUUUGAGGAAGGUGAGAUAGAGACAGUAUUCUCAGCAAUGGAAGCAAAUUAUGCAGCAUGGGUGAAUGGGUUUGCUCCCUUGGCAGUAGGUGCAGAUGUGCCAACUGCAGUGCGCGAAUUUAGUAGGACAUUAUUCAACAUGAGGCCUGAUAUAUCACUUUUUGUUUGUAGGACCGUAUUUAGUAGUGAUUUUAGGGGUGUUCUUGGACUAGUAAGAGUGCCGUGUUACAUUAUUCAAACAGCCAAAGACAUGUCAGUACCAGCAUCUGUUGCUACCUACAUGAAAAACCAUCUUGGUGGUAAGGGCACUGUCAUUAUGCUUAAUACUGAAGGUCAUUUACCACAUCUUAGUGCUCCUGCUCAAUUGGCUCAAGCCCUUAGAAGAGCCCUCUCGCAGUCUCAGUCUCAGUCACAGUCACAGUCACAGUGAGAUUUUAUCUUAUUUGUCAUGUAUCAUCUAUGAUAUAUACAUGUGCAUCCAUGUAUGUUUGGAUGGUAUGCUACAGAGAACAUUUUUUUUUUUUUUUUUUUUUGGGAUCAAGGAACAAGUAUACUCAAUAUAUGAGAUAAUAUAAUUGAUUCAAAAACUUUUUUGCACUGUAUUCUUUACUAAACAGAACUUGUGUUUGCAUAGAACUUGUGUUUGCAUAUGGCUGAUGCCUUAGGAAUUGGAGUUGGCUCAAGUAAUGAGUUUUUUCAUAUUUUCUAGUAAGGUCUCCUGGCUUGUAAUGUGCUUUACGGUGGGGAUCCUGUGCGAGGACAGUCUAGAGGAAUUCUUCUUACCAAUUGUUUUUUUUAAAAAAAAGAAUGGGUGAUGCCUCA